AUGUUUUCCGCGCUGGAUGGCGGCCCUACAUUGGAGACCAUCGAGGUGGUGGUGCUGAACACAUCUUCGAACAUCAAGGACUGGGUGGAUUCCCUGCCCAUCAACAUCUCCGGCCUCGUGCCGAAUCCACGGCAAGCAGAUGGAAAGGGCAUGGACGUGUGCCAUGCAUGGCGGAUUGCUCGACGAGAGGACGUUGCUCGAUAUGACGGUGGAUGGUCGAUCGAGUCAUGCUUCCAAGAGGAGGAGCAUCCGUGUGACGCAGUCCUCAUGGCCAAGGAGCUGAGCUGCUCAGAUUGUCUUGCUCAAGUUCCUAUGGUGAUCAUGCCUUAUCGCCUGAUGGAGAGAUUGAUUGCGAAGCCUAUGAAGCAGUCUGCCCGGCUCCAGCUGAGUGCUGACAAGAUCAAGGAGUGCAAUCCUGAGUCCGUGUACAACAAGACUGCGAAGUAUGUUGCGGCCGACCCAUGGUGGGAGCGGUUUGGCCCGGGAGCCCCUCGACACAUCAACGUGGCCAACGUGGCAAGGCCCAGCAAGCCCGCUAAGCGUGCUAGGGUGGAGAAGGAGAGGCCGGCAGGAGGACUGGCCCCUGCGGUGGCCGAGAGGCGGGUGCCGCUGCCGCCACCUGCCGAGCGUUUGGAGCCAGCUGAGCCAGCACCUGGACCUGUGGAGCCAGCUGAGCCAGCACCUGGACCUGCCGAGCGUUUGGAGCCGGCACUUGGAUGUUCGAAAUGUCGCUACAAGUCGACAGGUUGUGCACAAUGCAAAAGGCCCGGCACGCAGCUCGUGAUGGGUGACGCCGGGGGUGAGCCUGAAGCAGAUGUGACUGACGGUGCCGAAUCCACAAGUGCUUUGUCGGCUGCAGCUUCCUUGUGGAAUCUGGAGCCCACUGCUCCACAGCCGGCGUGCAACGAUGCUUUUGUGGAGAACUUAUCCGACGAAGAUCAAGUGCCUAGCGUGGCCGCACUGCAGAAUCAGGAGGCGGGUGAUGUGCCGUGCACAUUGCCCGGCAAGGAAGGAGAUACGGCAUGUGUGUCGAUUGCCAUCAACAAGAUUUCCUUUGCCACCGCCGCCUCUUUGAGAGAGCCACCAUCACUGGAUGCAUCACGCAAGUUGUUUGGACGCUUCCCUGCAGAGGGCUUCCUAACCGAGACAAAGCCGUUGCUGUUUCACUACCAUGAUAUGUCACCCGACGAGAUGAUCCCUGAUUGGUUUUACAACCUGAGCACAAGUCAUCGUGGCCAGAUUCGCAAAGCCCCUAGUGCGAUUUCGUUUGUCUACGGCCUCAGUUCCGUUGGGUCUUCGGAUCCACAGGAAACUUUGGAGCUUUGGAAUGCCAGGGCACCGAAAGCAGAUCAAGUCUCAGGGAGAAAGCAGGGGGCUGUACAGACUUUGCUGGCCAUCGACAAGACUCACUUGGAGCUCAUCCACAGCAUCGUUUCCGAAUUUUCCUUCGAGGGAUGCCCCUUCAGCGACGAUUCUUUGUCGAGCAAGAAGUUGUACCCAGGUGCUGCCUUCACCUCGAGGCUCGGGAAGAAUUCACCGUGGAGACCGCGUCUGGUUGUCACCUCGCACUCGUUCGAACUGUUCAUACAGAUGAUUCGGCAGCAGCACAAGAGCAGCGUUCACAAGGGCAAAUUGCCCAAGGCGACCAUGGAAGAGAAAGCGGAGAUUUGUGCUGCUGCCUCAGCUCUCGGCCUGGAAGUUUUACGAACGGUUCCCAACGCCCAAGAGGACGUGGACGGGUGGGAGCCCCAGUUGUGGCAGGAUCAGACACCAUACUUUAAACAAUGUUUACUAUAUAGAAGCACAUAG